CUUAAUCAACAACACUAGCGAAGGAACAACAAAAGUUGUCUUCGACAGAGAACGGAAAAUUACCAUGGUGAAGAAGUGUAGACCAAUUGCAGAAAUCGCCGUGGUGGAGGUGGCGGCUGCGGCUGCGGCUGCUCAGGUGGGCGUGAAAAAGCGAGCUCGAGCUCUAGCCUCGGCGACAACAGAAAAAACAACGGUAAAAAAAAGGAAACUAAACAGCUCGGUCGAGGAGUUGGAAUUAUCCUCUCCGAAAAGGUAUAUCCAGGAGAGGAACCGCCAAAUCGUAGUGCAGGACUCGGCCGACGACCGGUGCUUAAGCUCUAGCUUAGAUCAUGAUGUGUCGUGCUGCUCAAGCAACGGAUCGAGUGAGAGGAUGGAAUCUCCAGAUCUGGAGGCGGAGGAUCUUGAAGUCGAGACAUCCACUAAUAUCAGCUGUAGUGAAAGUAGAGAAUCUACAAGGUGUGACCACCAACCAGAAUCAGACGAUCUGGAUUCAGCGUCAAAACCGUCAGCGGACAACUUCUGCCGAAGAUCACCGGUGGAGAAAAUACCGACAGAAGCGGAGCUUGAAGAAUUUUUUUCAGCGGCCGAGAAAGACAUCCAGAAGCAAUUCUUUGAAAAGUAUAACUACGAUAUUCUCACGGACGAGCCGCUGGAAGGACGUUACGAGUGGGUUCGAUUAAAGCCAUGAAGAAAAUGCCAAAAAGAAAGCUACUAAUUCUUUGAAAAUCAAAAAUGGCGGUUUCUCUUAGGUACCACUACUGGUUAAUUUAUAAUUUAGUUCUUCUUUUAGUGUUUUUUUUUUUUUUUUACUGUCAAUUCGAUGUACAGCUCUCGCCAUUAUAAAUUAGCGAGAAGUAGAAGCAAGCAAGCAGCUUUGCGUUGUAAUGAGUGCGGGUUAUACACAAAGCUUCUCUGAAAAAGUAAAUGUCAAAAUCUGCUUAGGGAAGAACGCAACGGUUUUGUAAUAACGAAAUCUGUUUUCAUUCGGCGGCUUUUAUGAUUUUUAGCCCAUUAUUUCCGCGCCUGUACUCUGCUAAAUCUGCUGCUUUCCUUCCAUUCAUUUUUGGUAUCUACUGAUCACUUAUUUCAGAUAUGAAUAUGGGAUGAUUAGACAUGCUUGAGAGGGAAAAGAAAAAAUGGAGGUUGUGAUAAUCUGAUUAGAGGAGAAUAAAGGGUUAAAAGAAGUCAUGGGCCCUGCUUAUGUUGGGCACGGAACGGAGGAGGAAGGCCACGGACCAUGCCGCGUCUGUUAUAGACACGUGUUGACGAUUAGAGAGAUGAUCUUAUCACCACCCCACCCCAGCUAGCACAACUCUCCAUUCCAUUUUCUUAUUUGUGUAAUAACACCGGACAAUCAAU